UACAGAUCUCUCCUACAGUUCACAUCUCAAUCUAUACUAGCUAGUUAAGUUGAAGAUAGAACAACAAUUUGAAUACUUGAAAAUCGGUAUAUUUUUGUAACUGCGAAAUGGACGGUGAAAAACCGGGAACAUCUAAACGUGCGUACCGAAGGAAGCCGGAAAAGUCUAGUAUUGUAUUUUGCGGUAAAGAUUUUUACUACGACUUGGACGACUUGGAGGACGGACCGGUACCAGUUAAACCAGUAUACCGACGAGUGCGGUCAAAAAUUGAUCCCGUUUCCAGUAGCGACGAGUUUCCUCGUCCCGAAGGACCGUUGCUUAAGCAUGUUGGAAAGAGGCCUCCGAAAUUUGAUCCGCACCAUGAUGAAUCAGCCGAUGAGUCUGUCGACGACGAUGAAGACGUACCCAGAACAACCAGGGCCAAACGCACGGUUACGAAGAAACCGAAAAUAGCAAAGGACUUGAAAUCUACUGCCACCACGACAGCUGCCAGAAAGGCUGCUGUGAAGAAAGCUGUUGAAGUCGCGAAGAAAGCUCGUCAACGGAAUGCCGAUGUCAACAAUUCUGAUGAAUCGCAGGCUAAGUCGGGCGAGUCCAAAUCUCGGAGUUGGUGGAGAACCUGGAUCAAGUGGUCGAGAUCUGAAAAGCGUUCCGCUUUAAGUCAGACUAUUGUAAAGAGCACUUGUCUCUUAAAACAUUAAUUAACAUUAACUUCUAUUUUUGUAUAAUUAAUCAAAAUUCCCAAUUUACGGAGCCCGACUUCAAGAUAUACUCGACGCCAUUUUAGACUUUACGAAAAUUAAAAUAAUAAUUUU